CACGCAUCACCGCACCCAUGGUGAUCAUCGACUAGUGUAACUGCCGACUUCGUCUGAAUUAUCCCCUGGCCCUUUCUUCUUUCUCUGUUUCUUUUAGUUUGUUCUUGUUCAACCAACGACAUGAUACGACCUCCGUCCCGAUAAACGUUUGAUACCCCCCCCUUAUUGAUUGCGUUUCUCCAGCUUUAAUACACCCACGCCAGCCAGCCUCGACCCUCUCGAAUCCGAAUCCCUCCUUAUCCGAUCCGAUGAGCGAACUCAAGUCCCCCCCUCCAGGGCCUCCGCCUUCCGCUCCUGCUCCUGCUCCUGCUCCCUCUCCGGCUCCAGCUGUCGCCGCCGCGCCGACUGUCCCUCCUCCUACCUUGCCGGCAAACAACACCUUUGCCCUCGCCCAGCAGCGACUAAUCGCCCGCCGACAGGCCCGUGAGACAGAGAACGCCGCGCGCCUCGCCGCCCAGCGAUCAGAAUCCCAACUACGAUCUCGCAUCGCAGCCUCCCAAUCCCCUUUAAUCCGCCGCCUCGGCUCAUCGACUCUCUCUUUCUGGGAUGCCAUCUCCUCGCGCGAGGGCACACGGCCCGCCUUCCGCGUCGGCCAAGUCGACGCCGAACUUCUCGACGCCGAGCUCGUCGAUCUCCUCCGCACCCAGGUCGGCGACGCCCUGAAAUACAUUGGCGGCGGCGUCUCGUCGACCCUCAAAGACGAAUGGGAUGCCGAGAUCCUGCUCAUCCUGCGCGCCAUCCUCUUCAAGCUGACCAUCUGGGACCACGACGCCACGUACGGCGCUGCGCUCCAGAACCUGCGCUACACCGACGCCCGCAAGUCCGGCCCCGUGCUCCAGCCGCCGUCGAAGCUCCAAAAGAGCCUGUACGGCUUCGUCACCGUGGGUGGCAAGUACCUUUGGACUAAAUGGGAGACGUACCUUCUCGACCACGACGAAGCCUCUUCUUACUCCAUCGAGGGCCCCAACCCCAACAUCCAGCGCCUCAGCCGCCUCACCGAAUCGAUCGGCACCUUUCAUGCCUUCGCCUCUUUCGCCUCCUUCCUCGUCUUCCUUCUGCACGGCCGCUACCGAACCAUCCUCGACCGGCUCCUGCGCAUGCGUCUGGCGCCGCCCACCUCGCAAGUCUCGCGCGAGGUGUCAUUCGAGUACCUCAACCGCCAACUCGUCUGGCACGCCUUUACCGAGUUCCUUUUGUUCGUCCUCCCCUUGGUGGGAAUCAACCGCUGGCGCCGCUGGCUGGCACGCACCUGGCGCCGCACAAGAUCGAUGCUCACCACCUCUUCCACCAACGAUCCCACCCAGAACAAGGGCGGCGAAUUCGCCUUUUUACCGGAACGCACCUGCGCCAUCUGCUACCAGGACCAAAACAGCGCCAAGUCCGAAGCCGAGCUCAUGGCCGCCGCCUCUUCGUCUUCAGGCGUUGUCGGCUCCGCCCAGACCGACAUCACGAACCCUUACGAGGCUAUGCCCUGCGGCUGCGUGUACUGCUUCGUGUGCGUGGCGACGCGCAUCGAGCGCGAGGAAGGCGAAGGGUGGACGUGCUUGCGGUGCGGCGAGCUGGUUAAAGAAUGCAAGCCUUGGAAUGGCGAUGUUUUGAGUCCUGCUGAAGCUCAUGCAGCGGCGGCAAAUCAAGGCGGGAGGAACGUGGCGUUUGCGGCUGGCGUGAAAGAACGACCUAACCUGAAUCGAUUGUCGACGGAGAGCAGUGGGAGGAGGAGUAGCAGUAAUCGGGUCUCGUUUGAUGAUGAGGUCAGGGAGAGGAGAAGGGUGUCGUUCGAGGAUGAGAUUAGACCGGGCGAGGAUGCGGCUAGUGAUGAUGGGCCGGUUCGGGUACCGGAGAGGAGGGAGGGCCAAAAGCAAAGCCAGACGGCGAGGGCAGUUGGGACGGGUGUAACUGAGGGUGAGACGAGCGGUACGAAGGCGGAUGAAGAGGAGGAGGGUGAAGACGAAGAAGAAGAAGGAGAGGAUGAAGAAAACCAGGGGGAGGAGGAGGAGGAGGAGGAAUCACAAUCAAGCGGGGACCUGCAAACAAGUUCCGACGCCGAGGACGAAGAAGAUAACGGAGAAGAGGAGGAAGAAGAAGAAGAAGAAGGCUCAGAAUCAGGAUCAGAUAGUUCCGAUUCCGAAGACUACGAAGCGGAAGAAGAGGAACUUGGUGAGGAUCUUGCUUUCUAGUCUUAUAUCAGAUCGAACCAGACGAGACCAGACCAGGCCGGAAAACUACGUACGAAGCAAGCAUUAGAUCAGGAGCAAAUAAGGUAUUAAGCAAGCAUGCAUCUUUUUUUAUUCAGGGGUGGUUCGGAACUUU